UCAGUAGAUGAAACGUGAUUUCCGAACUCGUCGUAAUGGAACAAAACUAAACUUCGAUUGAAAGCAAAAUAAAUUGUGUCCGCCGUUAAAAAGAAAUACAAAAUUCGGGAAUAGUAUUAUUAAGUUUUAUGAAGGUUAAUAAAACAAGGAACAAAACAACUUUUUUGUGAAUGUGACUCCAUGGCAGAAUUUGUUCCAAUCAUUUUGGAUAGUUUUAAAUCGUGCUACACAACCACAUCCGACAUUAUAUACCCUAACAAAACGAAUCCUUUUAAAAUUCAGCAAAUUGAACUUCCACCUGGCCAAACAGUAAAAAGACGAACAACUGCCAACAAAAAAGAACGCAGGAGAACACAAUCCAUAAACAAUGCAUUUUAUUGUCUGAGAAGUAAAAUCCCAAAUGUGCCCUACGAUACAAAACUUUCAAAGAUAAAAACACUGAAACUUGCGAUUCUUUACAUAAAAUAUUUAACUGAUGUUAUCAAAGGAAGUAAAGAUAUAUCAAGUGGUUUUCGAUCAAAACUUAUGCCCCUAGGAAAAAUGAGCAGCCCACGAAUUAAAAAAAAUAUUAAGUCCGAAAUAAAAAAUUUCAUACAUGAAAGGCACACUUAUAUCAAAUGUAAGGGUCGAACUGGGUGGCCACAGGAUGUGUGGCAGUCUGUACUCAAGGCGAGUCGGGAUUAACCCUAUGAACCAUAUCAUCAAACUUGUGAUCAAAAACUUUAAUAAAUAAUU